AUGACCAUAGCCUUUGGUUUAAGUUUGGGAUGCCUCAGCUUGAUAGUUCUUGGUAAGCCAGUGUUGGACUGGGGCACAAGGAAGCAAAUUGCCUUAGGAGCAGCAAGGGGACUACUAUACCUUCAUGAGCAGUGUGAUCCAAAGAUAAUCCAUAGAGAUGUGAAGGUUGCAAACAUAUUGCUUGAUGACUAUUGUGAGGCAGUGGUAGGACAUUUUGGAUUGGAAAAGCUUUUAGAUCACCAAGAUUCACAUGUCACAACUGCAAUGAGGGGCAUAGUGGGGCAUAUUGCACUAGAGUACCUUUCCACAGGGCAAUUUUCUAAAAAGACUGAUGUAUUUGGAUUUGGUAUACUGCUUCUUGAAUUGAUCACUGGCCAAAGGGCUCUAGAAUUUGGAAAAGCAGCCAACCAAAAAGGAGCCAUGCUUGAUUGGUCAGUGUCGUUGAAAGCCCUUGGCCCUUCAACAUCAGUUGAUGACCGUCUUUGA